AUGGCGCCCGGUCAAGUCGAGCUGCGCGCCACCACGCGCACCAACGGCGGCAGCACAGCACCCAAACUCAACAAGAUCAGCUCGUUCAUCACGCAGUCCGCCGACAAGGGUGCGGCGCAAUCCAUGCUGCAUGCCUGCGGCUUGAAGGUAGAAGACUUCGACAAGCCGCAAGUCGGCAUCUCGUCCGUCUGGUGGGAGGGCAAUCCGUGCAACACCCACCUGCUCGAAUUCGGCCGCCUGAUCAAGCAGGGCUGCGAGGCGGUCGAUCUGGUGGGCUUGCAGAACAACACGGUUGGCGUUUCCGAUGCCAUCACCAUGGGCGGGCCUGGUAUGAAGUAUUCGCUCCCCUCGAGAGAGCUGAUCGCAGACUCGAUUGAGACCAUCACCAUGGCGCAGUACCACGACGCCAACGUGUCCAUCCCGGGCUGUGAUAAGAACAUGCCCGGCUGCCUGAUCGCCUGCAUGAGGCACAACAGACCCUCAAUCAUUGUGUACGGCGGAACGAUCCAGCCGGGCAGGCACGGUAUGGACAUGCCUGGUCUCGGCAGGAAGAAGGGAGACCCGUGCAACGUAGCCGACAACUUUGAGGCGACAGGCGCGUACGCAAAGGGACUCAUCACCUCCGAGGAGCGGGUCGACCUGAUCCGAAACGCCUGCCCCGGUCCUGGUGCCUGCGGAGGCAUGUUCACCGCCAACACGCUGUCCACCGCCAUCGAGGUCAUGGGCAUGGGACUCCCACUCACCAGCAGCACACCAGCCGUCUACCCGGAAAAGACACAGGAAUGUCUGCGCGUUGGAGGCUACAUCAAGAACCUGCUCGAGAAGGACAUCAAGCCGCGCGACAUCAUGACCAAGCAAGCCUUCGAGAACGCCAUCACCAUGACACACGUCAUGGGCGGCUCGACGAAUGCUGUUCUCCACUUGCUCGCCGUCGCGCGCGCAGGCGACAUCGAUAUCACGAUCGACGACUUCCAGCGCAUCGGCGACAAGACGCCCAUGCUGGCCGACGUCCAGCCGUCUGGGAAAUACUACAUGGAGGACAUCCACAACAUCGGCGGCGUGCCGCGCGUGCUCAAGUACAUCCUCGACAACACGGAUCUGCUCCACGGCGACGUCAUGACGUGCACGGGCAAGACACUGCGCGAGAACCUGGCGGAUGUCGAGCCGCUCGAGUUCGAGACGCAGGACAUCAUCCGCCCGCUGAGCAACCCGAUCAAGGCUACGGGUCAUUUGACGAUUAUGCGCGGCUCGCUGUGCCCCGGCGGUGCGGUGUCCAAACUGACGGGCAAGGAGGGGCUGUACUUUGACGGAACGGCUGUGGUGUUCGAUGGCGAGGAGGGCGUCACCGAGGCGAUCGCCGAGGGACGUGUGAGGGACGGAAGCGUGGUGGUCAUCCGUUAUGUCGGGCCCAAAGGUGGGCCGGGCAUGCCUGAAAUGCUCGGACCUACAGGUGCCAUUAUGGGCGCAGGUUUGGGCAAGACGGUGGCGCUCAUUACCGACGGCCGCUUCUCUGGUGCCUCGCACGGCUUCUGCACGGGUCACGUCGUGCCUGAAGCCGCCGAGGGUGGUCCCAUUGCGCUUGUUCAGGAUGGAGAUCGAAUCACGAUCGAUGCCGGCACGCGAGAGAUCAACGUGCACAUCAGCGCCGAGGAGAUGAAGGAGAGGAAGCAGCGGUGGAUCAAGGAGAAGAAGGGGAAGCUGGCCAACAGGCCCACGCGCGGGUGGCUGUACAAGUUUGCGAGGGAUGUGCAGAAUGCUUCCGAGGGCUGCAUUACCGAUCGCGACUUGUUCUGA